AUGCCCAAACGAAAGAAGCAGAAUCAGCAGCAGCCGCCGCCACCACAACAGCCCCCGCUGCCAGAGCGGGGGGAGACUGGAGACGAGGAGGAUGGGAGUCCCAUCGGACCACCUAGCCUUCUGGGCCCUCCCCCCAUGGCCAAUGGAAAGCCUGGUGAUCCCAAGUCAGCCCCAAACUGGAAUCCACCCACAUGUCCACCAUCAGUAGAAUGGAUAAAUAAGUUGUUGUGUGUGCAUGCAAUGGGGUACUACGCUGCAAUGAAAAUGAACGAACUCCUGCUACAGGCAACCUGGAUGAAUCUCACAAACACGGUGUUGAGCGAAAGGAGCCAGACAGAAAAGAAUGCAGACUCUCUUCACAGAGGUCCUCCAGGAUCAAGGGGACCAAUGAUUCUACCACUGCUGAGCCUCCCACCUCCUCCCAGGGGCAGAGGCCCAAUCCGGGGAGGCCUGGGCCCCAGGUGCGGCCCAUAUAGUCGUGGCUGGUGGGGGGCCAAUACUGAACCUCCUUUUCCUGGACCAGGCCAUGGGGGUCCUUCCAGAGGAGGAUUUCAAAAGAGCAAUCCCCGAAGGCUCAAAAGUUGGUCUCUUAUCAAAAAUACCUGCCCGCCCAAGAAUGGCCCCCAAGUUAUGGAAGACAAAUCCAACCGCCCCGUCUGCCGACACUUUGCCAAAAAGGGCCACUGUCGAUAUGAGGACCUCUGUGCCUUCUACCACCCAGGCGUCAGUGGACCUCCUCUGUGAGACUGUGCCUUCCCAUCCAGGCUGGAAGGAGCCCUCUGACCUA